GAUGGUCCCUCUGCAGGUGUACACAUAAACUUUUGACGAGACUGAAAGUUUCUUGACUGCUCGCAGUCUCCACCAGUGUAUUUGAAGGUGAUAGUUUGUGGACGACCUUCGCAAUUGUUAUCGAGAGAGAUAUUAGGCGCAGGACAUCCAUCAAUUUUAACAUCAAUAACACAAGCCGAGGUGGGGGCAGGCGAAGGGGGGGGGCUAGGCAUAACACUGCAGUCAAGAAGAAGAAAAGUUAGAUAAAAAGUUCAUGGUCUGGAUAUUCAAAGAAGCAAAAAGCAAUACUUACGUUGGGAAAGGAGUUGGUGGAGGAAGGGGCAUUCCUGGCCAGCCGAAUUUGAUUUCAUCCGAAGCCGGACAGCUGGGAGGAAUUCCUGUGAGGACGUCAGUUGCAUUUGCUACAACGUCAACACAGUAGUUUGAUUGAACACAUCUGUUCACUUCGAAAGGUUUGUUUUCAUAGUAGCAUUCACCAGGACCAAGCAUUGGAAUAGAGCCAUCCUGGAGGAGAUCGCAACUCUCAUCAAAUGCCGUAUUGGUUUCUUUGGUUGUUAGAUCAAACUCAUAGAUCUUCUGUGGUUCGGGACCAUCGUUGCAAACCUUGUUUCCGUAGGUCACGGUCUGUACACAGUUGUGGACGUCAGUGGCAUCACAAGUGUAACCCACGGAUUCAAACGCACCGUAAUUUCCAAGCAAAGUCAAUCCUCUUCCACCGUCACAUCGGGCAUCGAUCAAGAAAGUUUGCGUCACAGCACCAGUGGGAACCGAAAUAGUGACUGAAAGUGUAUCGGGAAUGCAUCCAGUAGGCGAUGUGACAACGAUCGUAUCCUGCUGUUGUGCUUGUCCAGUUGCAAGAACCAAAGUGGGGUCGUUGGCGUCCGUGAUUCUGUAACCGGCAACAAAUGGGCUAGGACUGUUGUCUGUACAUGAAAGCUGGUUUUCUGGGCAUGAUCUUCCUGUGUACGUGAACUGAAGUUCUCGGACACACUCUGGACAAAAGCAAACAGGUUGCUUUUCUUCCGGGAUAUCCGCGCAAUCUAGCUCAAUUCCUUCAACGAUGGCGGUACAGUUGAGGCAUGAACUGAUACUACAUGCUCCCGUAGGAGCGGGAGAUGGAGGGGAAGACGGUUCUGCAGAAGGUGCUGGCGAUGGACCAGGAGAGGGAGCAGGUGUUGGCUGUCCCGAAUUUGGGGCGAGGGUUGGAAACGGAGAGGGUGCUGGCGAUGGUCCAGGAGAAGGUCCCGGAGAGGGUUCAGGAGAAGGUGGUGCAGAUGGAGCWGGCGUUGGCUGUCCCGAAACAGGAGGUAGACUUGGAAACGGAGAAGGUGCUGGCGAUGGUCCAGGAGAAGGUCCCGGAGAAGGACCAGGGGAGGGGCCAGGCGAUGGGCCGGGCGAUGGGCCGGGCGAUGGACCGGGCGAUGGACCGGGCGAUGGAGCUGGAGAUGGAGCCGCACUGGGGAAUGAAUCAAUUUCUUCUACAAAAGUUCCCCAGAAUUCACUUUCUUCACCACCUCCGUGAGCAGUUUGUGCUAGCGUUCCAAAAAGGACCGCUUGCAGGGCGAGUGUGCUGAUAAAACACAACUUCAUCUUCGUGUUUUUUUCGUUUUGUGUUCACUGAAACUCAAUUUUGCUAAGCUGUGAUCGUUUCAAGUUGUUGUUUUGGACCGUUUAUGAUGCUUGUGCAACGCUGAAGGAAAACGCUUGAGAAGAUUCUACUUGUCAACUCCAAGUUUGUGAGCGAAUUUUCUUGUUAGCGAUGAGCGAUUUAGUUGAAGCGUUGAGAAACGGUUCACUCUCUCGAUAGUUUCAAAUUAUUUAUAUA